AUGCGCCCUGAAACCCCAAAUCUCGACUUCUUGCGCGAUUUUUUGAGAAACUUUGACACGGAUUUUGCAGUUAUCCACCCUUUGGACCCCGACGACGUGAAGAAAAAGAAGCUAGAGGCUGCGUGCAAGAAAUCCCACUAUGAGACAUCGACUGUGGCUGACUACCUGCCGUUUGCAAAGUUCUACCAAGAUUACCCCGCCUUACACUCACAUCUGCCUGAGUUCGUGAAGAAAGUCCCACUCAUACUAGAGUGCCAGGUCAAGUGUUCGUGCACCGACACCACCUGCAAGAAAAGCCAUGGUCGUGUAUGGAAGAGCAACAUCGAAGAGCUAGAGACAUGUGGCCUGCUGUCCUCGGUGAGCGAACUUCGUAUAGUCCUGUAUAAUGACUGCCCGAAAGAUCUCCAUCUUGACAAGGCUAUCCAGGAGCUCGGUAUUCCCAGGGGUGCGAUUGCCAGCACAAAGCUUAUUAGGUUCCUAGGCCGUGGCCUAUUUUAUGCUGGCAAGAGGCAGGAGUCCCAGGAUGCAGAAAUGGAGGCAAUCCGCACUGCCCAGCUUAUCCUCGAGCACUGCCCUCAUGCCAGGGAACUAUGGUACCAUCCAGAUCGAUAUCUUGUGCUAGACCUGAAGCUUGUCCCGGAGUUUGUGCACUUACCGCCUAUCCCUACAGACAGCAUGAGCCAUCUUGAACUAAGCAGAAUCUCGAACGGCAUCAACUGGGGCCUGUUCAAGACUGGACCAGACAGAAGGGUGCAUUUCCCAAACCUCCAGACGCUUGUGAUGCGGUUUAAAGAGCCUGAGAAAGGUCUCCUGCAGUCCUCGCUGGACGUAUCCAGAGUUGUGAUACCGUCAACGGUUGGUGUCACUGUGACUGGGAUAGCCCAUAGCAGAAACGCCAUCUGGGAAUACUUCAAGAAGGGCUGCCGCCAGCUGUCACUCGUAGAGAGCACAUUGGAAUUUAGAGAUAUCGAUGUCUACAAUCUCCAGUGCUCCAAACACUUCCAGCUCAAGUUGAUCCCGGAAGAGGGCGACUCCAGCAAGCCUCUCCCAUUUGUAGGGCUGAGAAACUUCUUUGGCCACAGGAACACUGUCAUCCGCAGGAUGUCAGUGACUGGCAUUGAGUUUAUGCUGCCUCUGACUGUGAAGUUUCACAACAUGGAGAACCUUCAUCUGUCUCUGGGAAUCGCAGACAGCAACAUCAUUCUCAACCUGGCUCACAGCCUGACAAGGCUGAAGAUUUUGCGCAUCCGUUGCUUCUCUAUGUACUGCAACGAUCUGAAUCAUCACGGACGCGGGGUUUACUUUGCCAACGAGGACCACGAGCUAUGUAUCAUUGCUGCACAUGCAAGGGAUAUCCCGAUGAUAGCCAGCAAGAAUCUGCAGUGCCUGCACCUGUACUCGCACAUGGCGAUUGACCCAAACAGGUUCAUCAAACUGAUGGCUCGGUUCCCAAACUUGGCCGAGAUACAAGUUAAUGCGCACAAGACCUUGCACCCUACCAGCAGCUCGGGGUUUGCUGAGCAUGGCUAG